AGAAAAUCAAAUCAUUCAAGAAUGAUCAUUUAUUUUUCUAGUUUUCUUUGUGCGAUAUGUAUACAAAUAAUCGAACAAUGACGUCUUUGUAUUUAACAACGUGACUUUCAUUAAAAUGAAAAAAUAUAUAUAAAACGGUAUAGUUAAUUCUCACAAUACAGGAAUUCUUCCUAGACAAUCGCCUUUUUUAUAUCACGGCCUUUUUUUAGAGAUGGCCACAUCAGAGAACACCAAUGAACCUAUUAAGGUGGCAGAAGAAAGUGGAAUUUGUGGUGAUGGUAUAAAAGAAUACUUAGAACCCCGAUUUGAGUGUCCUAUUUGUUUAACUUGGCUACGUGAUCCAGUUCUAACAUCUUGUGGUCAUAAAUUUUGUUCUCGAUGCAUUUACACUUGGCUACAAAGAGAAGGUGCAUGUUGUCCAGUAGACAGUCAACCUUUAAAAUCUGAAAGUGAUCUUUUCAGAGACCUUUAUACCAGCAGAGAGAUAUCUCAACAGCGAACUACAUGUGCAUAUCGUCAGUUUGGCUGUUUAAUAGAAUUAUCACCUGUAGAUAUGGAGACCCAUGUUAAUCAAUGUACAUACAAAAAUUUUUCUACCUCAGAAAGGACUCAAUGUCCUUUUAAAGAUGUUGGUUGUAUGGAAAUAUUUUGUACCGAAGAAUCUUCACAUAUUCAUUUGGAAAAAAAUAUUAAUUCACAUUUAACUAUGAUACUAAAUGCACUUCCACGCUUAUCAAUGACUCAAGGCAAUGUCAGUGCUAUAUCCGCAGAAUCUAAGCUAUGGGAUCCACCACCUAAAAAUGGAACAUCAACAUCAGAUAAAGAACCACCACCAGAUUGGCAGCAGUUAUUAAAGAGUUUGUAUGAAAGGAUAGUGGUAUUAGAACAACAAAAUCGAGAACUUUCUAUCACUGUUUCCAAUCAAAAAAAUCAACUUACAGCUUUACAAACUUCAGUACGUUUUACUGAAGAGGAAAUGCUAUUACGUAAUUGUAAUGGUGUUUAUAUCUGGAAAUUAAAUUCUUUCCAAGAAAAGCUUACUUCCAUGAUAAAUGAUCCUUUAAAGAUGUAUUAUAGUCCCGGAUUUUAUACUGGACCUAAUGGUUACAAAAUUUGUGCCAGAAUAAAUAUAUCCUCAAAGGAUCCGGAAUUUUUGUCAAUACUUUUACAUAUUAUGAAAUCUGAGAAUGACGAUGCACUAGAUUGGCCUUUUAAUGGUGUUAUGUACUUCGUAUUGAUACAUCCACAUAACUCAGAAAAAGAUAUAAGGGAGAGAACUUGUUCCAGACCAGAUCUUGAAGCUUUUAGAAAGCCUAUCUGUGAAUUAAAUAAGCGUAGUUUCGGCUACGUUGAAUUUGUGCGCAUACGAGAUUUACCUGACUUUUUACGAAAAGAUACUUUAACAUUUCGAAUCGAAGUUCGAGCGUACGAUAAAUUUAAGUUACCAUUAGUUUAAGACCAUUUAUUUUACUCAUUAGUAACUUUAUCAAACUUUGUGAAUAAUUAUAAAGAUCUUUUAUGUAUUAUUAAACUGUUAAGAUAUUUUUUAUCAAUUUUAUAUAAAAAAUCCUGAAAAAAAUCCGUCCAAUUUUUGUACAAAAUUGUUGAAUUAAAAAUAUAUGUAAUAGUAA